GCAUCACGCAAUUUGCCGCCAAUCCUUCAAUUCAUUAUUAAUUUGCAUUCCACACAACCAUACUAUCUAUCUAUAUAUAUAUAUACUUACUCGGUCGAUCAGGCUAGCUAGACGCUGGGGCUAAUAUAUAAUUCACCUUCAAUUCUUUUACCCGCAUUAUAUUAAAGCACAUAUAUAGGAGAACUGAUCGAUUAUCUUAAUAAGAUAGACCAUCAAUUUAUAUCAUAUAAAUAAGCUAGACUAUAUGGAUCUUUAUUGUUUAUCGCCAUUCUCAUUCUCAACUCUGCUUGUUCUUGCCAUCAUGCUCUUCGCUUCAAUUCCGCUCUCAUCUUCUACACCUUUUAUCGUUCUCCAUGGUAUUUCAAUGCAAUGCAACGAUGCAGGGAGCAUUUAUUACACGAUGACACUUACCACAUUGACCAAAGUUAAAGGCUCAUGCGUGGAAGUUGGAAACGGGCUAAUGGACUCAUGGAUGAUGCCAAUGAACAAUCAAGUUGAAAAUGCUUGUGGCAAGCUCAAGGCGAUGCCAGAACUCAAAGACGGCUACAAUAUGGUUGCUCUCUCCCAGGGUAAUAUGGUUGGACGAGGAGUAAUUGAGUUGUGCGACGGCCCGCCUGUGAAAAAUUUCAUAUCAGUCGGAGGACCAAAUGCAGGACAUUCUUCAACUAUAGCUUGUGGACCUUUUCCCUGGUGUGCUCAAAUCGGGAUAUUUUAUGGAAUGGGAGUUUACACCCCCUACGUACAAGAACACUUGGCUCCUAGUGGCUAUAUCAAGCUUCCGAAUGAUAUCCCUGCGUACUUGAGAGAGUGCAAAUUUCUUCCCAAGAUAAACAAUGAAGUCGAAGACAGUGAGAGUGCACUACGCAAAAAACGAUUCAGCAGUAUUAGCCAACUCGUUCUUGUCUUGUUUAUGGGUGACACAAUUAUCUUGCCACAAGAAAGUUCCUGGUUCGGGUAUUACCCUAAUGGAGAUUUCGCUAAAGUGGUUCCUAUGCAGCAG